CCGCGCCGGGCAGGACAGCAGGCAGGCAGCUACGGAGCGCCUGGGCGCCUUUGUAGCGGUGCCGUCGCUUCCCUGGCCUGCCGAGCGCGCCGCGAUGCUGCGCCCUCGGAUGCCGCGCUCGGAGCAGCACUGAACCGGCGGCGCGCACCAUGAAGGAGUUGCCCGGCGCCUCGCUGCAGAAGGCUUGCCGCCUGCUCGUCAUCUUCUGCGUCCUCCAUCUCCUGGCCGUCGUCUUCUACUGCUUGGCCGGCAGCACACUCAGCUUCCAGUGGAGCCUGGAAGCGGCGGUGCCCCGCGGCCCUGCGCCCUCCCGGCGGGACCCCGCGGCGACGGCCCCCAAUACCUCUAAGCCGAACGCCUCUUGCCCCGAGCCUUCUCCUCAUCUGGUUGGCCCUUUGCGUGUGGAGUUUUCGCUGACUGUGGAUUUGAAGAAAGUGGCAGACGACAACCCAGAAGUCAGGGAAGGAGGCCGCUACACCCCAAAGGAAUGCAAUGCGCUUCAGAAAGUAGCACUUAUCAUCCCGUUCAGAAAUCGAGAUGAACACUUGAAAUACUGGCUGUAUUAUCUUCAUCCAAUCCUUCAAAGGCAGCAACUUGAUUAUGGUAUAUAUGUAAUCAACCAGGGUGGAGAAGCAACAUUUAACCGUGCGAAGCUUCUGAACAUAGGCUUCACAGAAGCUUUGAAAGAAUACGAUUAUGACUGCUUUGUAUUUAGCGAUGUUGACCUAAUCCCUAUGGAUGACAGAAAUAUAUACAAGUGUUACAGUCAACCCAGGCACCUCUCCGUGUCGAUGGAUAAAUUUGGAUUCCGCUUGCCUUACAAUCAGUAUUUUGGAGGAGUGUCUGCUUUGAGCAAGGAGCAAUUCCAAAAAAUCAAUGGCUUUCCCAAUAAUUAUUGGGGCUGGGGUGGUGAAGAUGAUGACAUUUAUAACAGGAUUGUUUUCAAAGGCAUGAGAAUCUCCCGCCCAGAUGCUGCAAUUGGGAAAUGUCGGAUGAUUCGCCAUUCGAGAGACAACAAAAAUGAGCCCAACCCACAGAGGUUCAACAAAAUUGCUCACACAAAGGAGACAAUGAACUCUGAUGGCUUAAACACUCUGAAAUACACAGUAGAAAGAACUGAGAAAUACCCAUUGUAUACAAAAAUCACAGUGGAUAUAGGCUCACCAAAAAGCUAGCAUGGCAGAGGUGCAACAGAAGACUUGAAGAACCCUAAACAGGGGCUGCUCACCCUAUCAGAAUUUUAUCCCUGCCGUUUUAUUACAAUCAACAUGAAAAAAAGGAUGCCUUAUUUUGCCAUUUUGAGGCCUUUCAGCUGGAUGGACAAUUAAGAAUUUUAAUCUCAAAACUC